AUGGACACUCCAGAGUAUGGAAUUGCAACGAUGAGGAGAGGAAGCUAUGAUGAUGCUGCUGCGGCUCCCCUGCGUCCUCACCUCAAACACUUGGCUCAGAGACGGCGUUCUGCUCCAUCCCUAGUGUUUGGGAAGGCAUUGGGGAUGCCAUGGUCUCCAAUCAGGGAGGAGACUUCCUGCUGGGUGGCUGUGGAGCAGAGUCCCUUCGUCCUUGGCCUCACUGGUGAGAACGGAGAGCUGCUUCUGGACGAGUGUGUUCAAGUCACCGAGGGCACGAAGACCAGGGAGAGACACCUCUUCCUCUUCCACGAUACUAUUGUCUUUGCUAAACUCAAGUCGACUGCCAGCUACCGUCUGAAGCACAGAGUGAGCCUGGAAGACAUCUGGCUCUACGGUUUUGAAGAUGAAGUGGAUGAUGAAGAGGGAAUGACGGGGGAUAUUGACCUCAGGGUGACCCUCGUCUUGGCCUGGGAUUUUACAUUUUGUUUCGUGUGUUUCCGCUCGCCUGAGGUGAAAGAACGCUGGUUAGAUACUCUUCACGGAAAAAUUAAAGACGUGCAAGUGAGAGCUGGUUGUGCUACUUCACCACCAGACGUCCUCAUGAAGGUGUUGAGUGGCAGCGUCGCAACCAAAACUCUAACAGGAGGUGGCAUGGAACAAUUUAUUGAGCUUCCACUUGAUGGUAAUGCAAAGAUCUCUGCCCAGUCAAGGCCGUCGAAUCACCAAGAUGACAAGAUGCAACCCUCUACUGAAACCAAGUGGAACCUGGUGAGGAGGCUGAGAAAGGGAUCCAGUUUCAUCAGCAAAGCAAGCCGAUCAGAUGCAGACACCAAGCCUCAGCUGUUUGGACAGCCCCUCUGCAAAACAUGCCCAGAUGACUGCUCACUUCCUAAACCAGUCACAGAGAUGCUGGUGUGGUUGAGGAAGAAAGGGCCGUCCACGGAGGGAGUGUUUCGGAAACCGUGCAACAACAAGACCAUGAGGGACAUCAGAGAACAGCUCAAUAGCGGUGUGGAGGUGGAAAUGGAGAGCCAGCCUGUCGUCCUGCUGGUCGGGCUACUCAAAAGUUUUCUGAAGGAACUUCCUGGCAGCCUGCUGGUGUCUGAACUUUAUGACAAGUGGAUCAAGGCUCUGGACAAUGAGGACACCGAGCGGAGAGUUCUGGAAAUCAUAAAGGUGCUUGAUAUGCUCCCAGGGCUCAACAAACUCCUCCUGCAACAUCUUGUUUGCGUCCUCCAUCACAUCCUUGAGAAUGCUGACAUCAACAAGAUGGACGCCUACAACCUGGCGGUGUGUAUCGCCCCCACACUUCUGCAGGUGGACGGCACCCCGCUGGAUGAGCAGAAGGAAAAGAUGAAGAAGGCCACAGAGCUAACUCAGUUCUUGAUUGAGCAUUUUGACAUACUUGGAGAUAAUAUCCCAAAUCUUCUGGAUACUGAUGAAGACUCACUGUCCUCCCAGCAUCAUGACUCUGCAUAUGACAGCACGGACCCAGAUGGAGAUGGAGAGGCAGGAGAGAGUACGAGUUCCAAAAACAGAGAGUGUGGAUCAUCUUCUUCACUUAGUCCAAGCACAACCACCUCCUCUUGGACAUCUGAUGCUGUCUUCAAUACAAAGCUUGAAUACAACCGUCGCUGCUCUGAGCCUAUCAUCUUCCUCUCACCUGAUAUUGAGAGCCUGUGCUGCCAUGCCAGGAGCCAUGAUGACUGCUCUAUGGAGAGGCGGGACUUUGAGGAGCAACCUUUGAAAAAGCAGAUCUCAGAUGACUCCUUCUUGCUCAGGCGACAAGGUGGAGUAAGGCCAGGUCUGUCUUUUCCAAAACUGAGUAGCAGUCGCAACAUGGAUCCACAGCUUUACACUGCUUAUCAAGGCAAGGACUGCUCAUGCUCUUCUCUGGAGAGCGCUGCCUCCAACCAAUCAGAGGGUUCUGUUUACACCAGUUCUCCAGUGGGGUCACCACCCUGCUCCAGGAGAGCAGACCCUCCCUCAGUGGGUGCAAAGGCUCAGCAGGACCUUGCCAGGCCGAAUUCAGAGGAGAAGAAGCGUUCACAGUCUAUGAGAGUUGCCAGUAAGGUCCUCAUGAGGACAAGGAGCUUAGGAGCCUUUAGCAGGAGUAGCCUGAAGAAAGACUCCCAAAAGGAGAACUCCUUUCCUUGUGAAACACUCCAGGAGGACUCUCAGAAUGAAGCAGAGUCUCCAGUUGAGCCUAUGGGAAAGCCUCGCCCUCUGUCGGCCAUUGUGGUAUUCAGCCAUAUGGACAGCAGGCUGCCCAGCAGGCCUCCGUCAUACCAUGAGGCGGUGCAGAAUACAUGUCUUCCUCCACAGUAUCGAUCAAUGACUGUGCAAGAUGCCAUACAGCUCCGGUCCCGCCCGUCGUCUGUAAAUUAUGACUACCCAGACUGUUUUGCUCAAGUGACACACAACCAAGUCAAUGCCCCAAAGCCUUUCCGACAGAGAGCGAUGUCUGAGUCUGUGUCCACAGGCCAUCAUGACAUGGUGUCACGGAGAUGUAGCCAACCUAUGUUUGAGGAGCUUUCUUACACCAAGGAGUCUUAUGUUUGACUGACUUCUGAACAGUUUCACAGAUUGGAGUUUUAGUUAUACAACCAUUUCUUGAAGGUAGAAGGAAAAAAAAGAAAGGUGACAUCAAAGGGCAAUGAUAACAAACCAGUUUUCAUAUGUUGGCAUCUUUGACUAAGACUGACACUUGAAUGGCAGCACUGAUAUGUGAAAUGGAAAAUGAAAGGCAAAUUGGAAAGUGCUUUGUCCAUUAAGGUACAAAAGAGCUCUAUAAAUACAGUCUAUUUACCCAUCAACCUUUCAUUCAUCGAGAUAAUUGUAAGAAUGUCUGUGCUCAUAAUUACACCUUCUUCCUACCCUAUAUCUUACUUUUCAGUGUUUUUUGGUUGGUUAAAUUGAGAAACUGCUUUUUAGGCUCUGGACAGUGAGAUUCAAUAUGUUGUACAGGUUACGAAGCAGCUCUGUGUGUGAGAAAUUUUUGUAUAUAAAGUCCAAUCUGUUCAUUUUUCACUCUUUCACUUUGAAUGAAUGUCAGCUAUGUGCAACAUGGUUGCACUUUCUUAGUAGUACUGUUUAGAGUACAUAUU